AAGCCAAACACAAACCUCUCAUUUUCAAAACAGAGAAAGAAAGAAAUGGGGAAAGAAGAUGAAGCAGUAGGGGUGAUGAAAUGUAGUUGGGUUCAUGGACCUAUAAUUGUAGGUGGAGGUCCAUCAGGUUUAGCAGUAGCUGCUUGUCUUUCUGAUAAAGGAAUUCCAUCUCUAGUUCUUGAAAAAAGUGAUCGGAUAGCUUCACUAUGGCAAUACAGAAGUUAUGAUAGAUUAAACCUCCAUUUACCUAAACAGUUUUGUGAGCUCCCAUUAAUGAGUUUUCCUAAACAUUUUCCAAAGUACCCAACUAAACAUCAGUUCAUUUCUUACUUAGAAUCUUAUGCUUCAAAUUUCGAAAUCAAGCCGAAGUUCAAUCAGUCUGUUUUGAGUGCUGAGUUUGAUUCUGGUUCUGGGGUAUGGAGAGUUAGAACUACAGAUACUGAGUACAUUUCUAAAUGGUUAAUUAGUGCUACUGGUGAAAAUGCUGAGCCUGUAAUUCCUGAAAUCUCUGGUGUUGAGAAGUUUCAUGGUGCUGUUAUUCAUACCAGUGUUUAUAAAUCCGGUUCUGAUUUCAAGAAUCAGAAGGUUUUAGUUGUGGGUUGUGGGAAUUCAGGCAUGGAAGUGAGCUUAGAUCUUUGCAGUCACAAUGCAAGUCCUCAUAUGGUGGUCAGAAAUACUGUACAUGUUUUGCCAAGAGAAAUGUGUGGGAUAUCAACAUUUGGGAUAGCAAUGAGUCUUAUGAAAUGGUUGCCAUUAAGAAUAGUUGACAAGGUUUUAUUACUUGCAGCUUACUUCAGUCUAGGCAAUACUGAGCAAUUAGGACUUCAUAGACCUAAGAUAGGUCCAAUUGAACUCAAAAAUGCUACUGGUAAAACUCCUGUUCUUGAUGUUGGUGCUCUUUCAAGAAUCAAAUCCGGCCAUAUCAAGGUUAUGGCAGGUGUGAGAGAGAUAACAAGAAAAGGUGCAAAAUUCAUUGAUGGGCAAGAAAAAGAAUUUGAUUCAAUCAUCUUAGCAACUGGUUAUAAGAGCAAUGUCCCUUCUUGGCUCAAGAAUUGUGAUCUAUUCACGGAAGAGGGCAUGCCGAGAACGCCGUUCCCCAACGGUUGGAAAUUAGGAGCUAAUGGGUUGUAUACUGUUGGGUUCACAAGGAGGGGGUUAUUAGGAACGGCUUCUGACGCUGUUAAAAUUGCAAGUGAUAUUGGUGAAAAAUGGAGGACGAUGAAAGACCCGAGAAAUUCAUGUAAUUCGCAAAUCAUCCUUCGGAGAGCUUGUUAAUUAGAAACAACCCCCUAAUUUUCAACCGCAUUUGACUAAGUCAAACAUCAUAACACGAGAGGAGGAAUUCGUGUGCCCCUUUUUCUUGUAAAUAACUCAAUUUUGUAAGGGGGGGAUUAUCCUCUUAUUGUCUCAUCCUUCAUCUUCUUC